AGUCACCUCAUGGUCACUGGCCGAAGCCCUAUGAUCUGACCAUAUAAAAGCUGCCAACUUCCUCCCAACUGCAAGUUGAGCGUUUAGGACUUCCCGCCGCAUAAAGACGAUGAUGAAGAUCCUAGUCCUCUUAGCAGUUAGCUUUGCCGCUACUGAAGCGUACUACAAAAAGUCAUAUGGUAAAGGUGGUAAUAUAGGCGGUUUCGUCGGAGGUUUUGGAGGUAGAGCAGGUGGAUAUGGUUAUGGCAAAGGUGGUAAAGGUGGUUACUGGGGAGGAAAUUUUGGCGGAGGGUAUGGUGGCUACGGUGGCUAUGGCGGAUGGGGUGGAAAUGUUGGUGGUUAUGGUGGAUACGGAAAGGGAGGAAACAUGUGGGGAGGAAACUAUGGUGGAUAUGGUAAAUAUGGUGGCAACGUAGGCGGUUACGGAAAAGGCGGACGGGGUGGUUACAUGGGCGGAUAUGGCGGAUAUGGCAACGGUAGAUGGGGCGGUAACGUAGGUGGAUAUGGUAAAUAUGGUGGCAACGUAGGCGGUUACGGAAAAGGCGGAUGGGGUGGUUACAUGGGCGGAUAUGGCGGAUAUGGCAACGGUGGAUGGGGCGGUAACGUAGGUGGAUAUGGUAAAGGCAGAUGGGGAGGCAAUAUGGGCGGCUAUGGCAAAGGCAAAGGCGGAUAUGGAGGUAUGAUUGGUGGAUAUGGUAAAUAUGGUGGCAACGUAGGCGGUUACGGAAAAGGCGGACGGGGUGGUUACAUGGGCGGAUAUGGCGGAUAUGGCAACGGUAGAUGGGGCGGUAACGUAGGUGGAUAUGGUAAAUAUGGUGGCAACGUAGGCGGUUACGGAAAAAGCGGAUGGGGUGGUUACAUGGGCGGAUAUGGCGGAUAUGGCAACGGUGGAUGGGGCGGUAACGUAGGUGGAUAUGUUAAAGGCAGAGGGGGAGGCAAUAUGGGCGGCUAUGGCAAAGGCAAAGGCGGAUAUGGAGGUAUGAUUGGUGGAUAUGGUAAAUAUGGUGGCAACGUAGGCGGUUACGGAAAAGGCGGACGGGGUGGUUACAUGGGCGGAUAUGGCGGAUAUGGCAACGGUAGAUGGGGCGGUAACGUAGGUGGAUAUGGUAAAUAUGGUGGCAACGUAGGCGGUUACGGAAAAAGCGGAUGGGGUGGUUACAUGGGCGGAUAUGGCGGAUAUGGCAACGGUGGAUGGGGAGGCAACUACGGUGGAUAUGGCAAAGGCAGAUGGGGAGGAAAUAUGGGAGGAUACGGCAAAGGCGGAUGGGGUGGAAAUAUGGGAGGAUGGGGAAAGGGAAGAAAAGGAGGCUAUUGAGCAUGAACUAUUGUGGAUAAAGAAUCGUUUAACGACCCAGAAUGGACACUGGACCACGAAUACAAUUGUUGUUAUCUUUCUAGUUAUUUAUAUUAAUUGUGAUAAUACACUUUGCCAUUGAACAGUAUGAUUUGUUAUAUU